AUGGAUUUUCACCAAAGACAACAAGAACGAUUGUCUUCUAAAUCAGUUUUUUAUAAUUCUCCAUGCUAUGAGUUUUUAUCUCCAUUCAGACCAGUUCAAAAUCAGUGGGUGAUCAAAUAUAUUAUAACGAUUUUUGCAAUUUUAAUACGGUCUGCUGUAUCAUUAGGAGGAUAUUCUGGUCAUGCCAAUCCUCCAUUUUUUGGAGAUUUUGAAGCUCAAAGACAUUGGCUAGAUUUAACCAUAAAUUUACCAAUAUCAAAAUGGUAUUAUUACAAGCUAGGUUAUUGGGGUCUAGAUUAUCCUCCGUUGACUGCUUAUCAUUCUUAUUUUUUUGGCUUUAUUGGAAAAUUCAUAAGACCCGGGUGGUUUCAAUUGGAUAAUACAAAUGGUAUAGAAAAUGAUGAUUUGAAAAAUUUUAUGAGAUUAACCGUUUUGAUCUCUGAUGUUUUAAUUUACUUUUCGGCUGUUUACUUUUUUACAUUUUGUUUUUUUAAAUCCAAUAAAAAAAUUACAACAAAUGGUUCUCAAGGCUGGAAAAAAUUCAACUCUUUAAAUCAAAGUAUAACAAUUGUUUUAAUUUUGUUUCAACCUUGUUUGAUACUAAUUGAUCAUGGUCAUUUUCAAUAUAACUCAGUAAUGCUUGGUUUAGUACUAUUUUCAAUUGUCAGCCUAUUAUACGAUCAGUUAUCAAUUGCUUCUUUUUUUUUCAUUUUAGCCAUUUCUUUUAAACAAAUGGCUUUGUAUUACUCUCCUGUUAUUUUUUUUUAUAUUUUAUCUUUAUGUUUCAAUCCUUUUCAGAAAAGAUUUGAUUUCCCAAGAUUAUUUGCAGUUGCUUUCUCUGUCAUAUUAACUUUAGUAGUAAUGUUUGCUCCACUAGUGAUUUUUAACAACAAUUUUAAAGAUGGGCUUUUAAAUAUCAAACAGGCUUUAAUAAGAAUUUUUCCAUUUGAAAGAGGUUUAUUUGAAGAUAAAGUUGCAAAUUUUUGGUGUGUGACUAACAUAUUAGUCAAAUAUAGAACACUAUUUGAUUUAUCAACGUUAAAAACAUUAUCAUUGGGCUUUACUUUAUUAUCUAUACUGCCUAGUUGUCUUGUAAUCUAUUUUCAUCCAAGAAAAAAUUUAAUUCCUAUAGCUUUUGCAUCAUGUUCUUGGGGCUUUUAUUUUUUCUCAUUUCAAGUUCAUGAAAAAUCCAUUUUAUUACCAUUAAUGCCAACAACAUUAUUAUUAUCAAAUGUGAAUGAUGAUGAAAUUUUUAAAAUGGUUUGUUGGGUUAAUAAUAUUGGCUUAUUUAGUUUAUACCCACUAUUGAAAAAAGAUGAAUUAGUGCUACAAUAUUUUGUUAUAGGCUUUUUAAUGAAUUGGUUGAUUGGAAAUUUAAAUAUUAAUUGUGUCGUAAAUAAUUUUAAAAAUUUGUUCAAAGUUAAAGAAAAUUCAAUUAAAAAUUGGUCAAUCAAUUUUGUUAUAAUUUCUUCAACAGUUUUGGCAUUAAUUUUACAUGGAAUGGAAGUUUUUUUAAAUCCACCAUCAAGAUAUCCUGAUUUAUGGGUAGUCUUGAACAUUUCAUUUUCAUUUGCAUGUUUUUCCACAUUUUGGUUUUGGUUAAAUAUUAGAAUGUUUCAAAUAAGAAAUAAUUAA